GCUGGAGCAGUGCUUCAGCAAAAGUAAACCUGAAAUUGACAGGGAAAUAAAUAAAGAAAUAGCUAUAGUGUAAUUGAAUUUCGGCUAUUUCGAAGGAUUUAUAAUUACAUUUUAUGCUCAGCCUAUUUUAGUCAUAACAUUUUUAAUAAAUUUUAAAGCAUUCAGAACAUGUUGAUUAAUUUUAAUGAGGUGAAGUUCUAUGUUUUUGCAGUGAGUCAGGGAAAACAUCUUUAAUUUUCAGGCUUAGUUCAGAUUUUGAAGAUAUCACCACCAUGUGCUGUGCUAAGUACCUCUACAGCAGAACAGCUCUGCUAUUUGUGUUUCUGAGUGUCAGCUCUUUCCUCUUUCUUAACUGAAAGUCUCAUUAUUGGCUUCAGUAUCAGCUGGCUGAUGAAAGCGACCUGUAACUUUUUUCAAUACGACUUUCAAAAUGGAGAAACUGGCUAGGAAAUGUGGGGAAAGAAUUGCUCUUAGUUUAUAAUUAGAAGGACAAUGAAUGAAGUCUAUAAAAAUUCAAGGGCAGAAGGAGUUAUAGCCAGUCUUUCACAGAUGCUUUGUAAUUCUGCAGACCAGGUAAGCUGGGUAUCUUAAGUGCCUAGACAGGUUAGGUGCCAAAUUUCCUUUUAUCUCAGUGGAAUGAGAUCAUUCCCAUUGAAUAUUUAGCUGCAUUUUUAGGUAUCUACGAACCUUGUAAAAUCAGCUUCUAGGUCUCUACAAGUAGUUUGCUCAUCUAAUGAGUGAAUUUGUUACCUCAAGUGAAUUUGUUACCUCUUGUUUUAAAUAAACCUAUUAAGUGCUUUGAUUAUAUUACAUGCUUUGAUAAAUACACAGAAGAGCAAUGCUCUUAAGGCCUCAGUACUUACAAAACUAUAUUAAAAUACUCUUUUAUGCAUUUCAAUUGAAUUCAGGUUGUCUAGCAAAUAUGAGAGUUUCUUUCCAUCUCCUCAUAUAAUUGAAACUAAAAGAAAUCUGAGUAAAUAUGUAGUCAGUUACAUAUUAUUACAGUAAAUAUUUGUAGAUAUAGUCAAUUCUUAUGGUUGGGAAAGAAGAGUACUAAAUGCUGAGUUGAGAAUGGCAGUAAGCAUAUUUUAACUGUUAUGCCAUCAAGCAGGAGUAAACCCUUUCUUAGCAAAAUAAAUGAAAAUUGUAAAUGCAGAGCAGGUUCAAAACUGGUAGAUUUACUGACUGCUGAUGCCAGUCAUGAUUUAUAUCAGACUGGGCACCUGUUUUGCAGGUUCCAAGUACAAGACCAGGCUGUAAAGGUUGCAGUUCACAGAGAGCUGUCACUGCAGAGUUGAGAGAGAAGAAAUUGUCACAUUCUUGUUCAUCACCAUCUGGUGUCCACCAUGAUACGGACAGGCACAGGAUUUGGAGACGCCGGGAUGCCGGUGCGUGCUGACGAUGUGAUGACGCUGCUCAGCCACGUUGCCACAGUGAAGGGCAUGAAAGCUGCUGUCUCCCAUUCUGGCCGGGGAGCCAUGCUCACAGGGGCAUCAGCAUUUGUGGGGGGGAUGCUGGGAGGCCCUCCUGGAAUUGCUGUAGGAGGAGCAGUGGGUGGAUUGCUUGGAUGGAUGACUUCUGGACAGUUCAAGUCAGUCCCUCAGAUUUUAAUGGAAUUGCCUGCUGCUGAGAAGGAGAAGCUCUGUGCUGAAGCCAUGGCUGUUGUCAAGAACUUAGACUGGACUGAUGCUGCUCAGCUGAUUGCUCUUGUAAUGUCAAAUUCUGCUCUCACAGAAAAGGUAUUAGGAGUGCUGACCACUUUCCUUACCAAUGAGUUAAAAGCACAACUAAAAUAUGCAGAAUAAUCCUCUACAGAUUAGGAUUUUUAUGCUGAAUUGCAUAUUAUUCCCACAGUUGUGAAUCUUCAACAAUUGCUAGUUAUCAGUACUUAUUAUAAAUAUAUGCUGAUCUAAGUUUGGGGUGUUUGGGUUUAGUAUUUGUGGGUUUUAAAAUUUUUAUCAUUUAUUAUUAUCAUUUUUGCUUUGUGUGGAUUUGUAAGGAUAGUAUUAGAUUACAGCAUUAUCCUGACAAUGACUUGGUAUGAAAUUUUGGAUUGCCCUGCACAAGGACUAAUUCAAAUUACUGAAGGGAAUCAUGAUGUUCUCAGGCUAAUGUGUCACUUGUUAAAAUUUUCAAAGUCAUUUUGUUUUAUUUUGGAGAAUUAAUUCUAUUUGUUUAAGUGCUUUAUUUACUUUUUCCCUGUGAAUGACACACAAGGUGCCAAAGUAGCUGGCGCACUGAAGAAUUUUACCUGUUGUUUGUUUCAGCCCUGCAAAGGAAAGUUUUAUAAGGAAGUAAAUUACUGUGAACUCAAAAGACUCAGUCCAUAUUUUGUCACUUUUUUAUUGUAAUUCUUGAGUUAUCCUUUAUGUAAGAAGUGAAGCAAAUACUUAAACAAGAUUUCAAGUAGCAGGAAAACAAAAUUGUGAACAUUUUGAAUUCAGUUUUCCCCAGGCUCCUGUGCCCUAGGAUGGGAGGGUGGGACAUUAAAAAAUGGGGAGCUGAAUUUGCCAGUUUUAUAUGAGCCCCAGGAUGAAGGUUGUCAUUUGAGCCUUGGUUUCUGGACUGAGUCUGUACAGCUGGUCCUGUGUUUUCAUUAAAAUGUUAAUAAGAAA